ACAUGACAUCAUGCAUCGGCAUACCGUCUUCUCACACCGUAGACGUAGACAUAACCAUGAAAACAACAGUUGUAGGCGUUGCGCUGACGAGACACAUAACCGGAUAGAGCAUCUUGCUUUGGGAAGUGGUUUCUGCAGCCCUGCCUACGAAUUCUGCAAACAUCGAUGCUGCCAAAAACCGCGUUGUCAACGUCGAAAAGAAUCAUCAGCGUUGACGAGCGUCGCAAGUUACGCAGACGUACCAUCUUACAGCGCCAGAAUGAUUACAAGAUGGAAAACUUCAAGCCCAAGCAGCUCAGCACCACCAGAGUCUGCACGCUAAUCAGGACGAAAAUUGUGGUAUGGCUCUGGGGGCAGAUCACGUUCAGAUUCGCAAACACCUUUUGUGUUUGCAAAGUUCGUCGAUGCGUACCGCCCGCCCGAUUGAGCAAGUCAUCAAGAUCGGCUCACGCAAUGUCACGGUUAUUUAGAUUCGACAGCAAUAAGAACAUCUUGCCAUCCGAGGAUAUUAUGACCGAGGAGCAGAGGCAGUUCUCGGAGCACUAUCCGCGGUCUGGAAGGGAUGCUCUUCUUGGUUCGUCUUCACUAUAACAACGUCAAUCACUUCGAUUAACCGCACAGCCUUUAACGCGUGCAUUUCGAAGAUAGCGACAAACUGCAAUCCUUAGCCCCUCCUCAAUUCACACAACAAACCCUCUCGACAUUCAACAUGGACCUAGUCUACACUUCCAACCUCGACCCUUUUGAAGGAUUCAAUACU